AUCCCGACCCCUCACUUCUCUGAUGUGUAUAUAUUUCUUGCUUCUCCCCCCUCACAAGCUCCCAUUUCCUUAUCUCCCUAUCUUUCUACGACCUCUAGAACUAUACGAUACUCCCGACUACGUCAGCUACGAUGUCUCUUCCACCAAAUGUCCAUAUUUCAUCCCACCCGUGCCUACAAGCCAAGAUAUCCCAGCUACGGUCCCAUAAAACCUCUACCCGCGAAACAAGGAGCCUUGUCCAUGAAAUCACGACCAUUCUAGGCGUGGAGGCCUUCUCAACGGUAUUGAAAACUACAAAGCGGGGAACGGAUCAAACCCCGUUAGGUAUCGAAUAUGAUACCCAAGAUAUUGACCCCGCCAAUGUCGCCAUGGUACCCAUUCUUCGGUCUGGACUGGGCAUGACUGAGGCAAUUAACAGCCUGCUCCCGGCCCCGGUCCCCAUCUACCAUCUAGGUCUCUUCCGUGAGAAGUUCACCCUUCAACCCGUCGAAUACUACAAUAACCUCCCCUACCAACGCCAGGACGGCUCUGACUCCAACACCGCCGCCGCAGACACAGCUAUUCUUCUUGACCCCAUCGUCGCCACAGGUGCCACGGCUGAAGCGGCGAUUCACCUUCUGCGUGAGUGGGGAGUGAAGCGAGUGGUAAUGCUCAGUGUACUGGGCUCCGAGACGGGCAUUCGUCGGGCUGUAGACUCUUGGCCUGAGGGAGUAGAGUUCUGGACAGGAGCGGUGGAUGAGAAAUGCAAUGAACGAGGCAUGAUUGUUCCUGGCUUAGGUGAUAUCGGCGAUAGAUUGUUCGUUGCCAUUGGCAAGUAGGAUCGGGCAAUUCUCAAUAUAUUUCAUCGUUUCCGACGCAGCAAUAUAACUCCAUAGAUCUAAUUAUAUCUCUAAUAAUCGAGGUAAUGUGUUGUUGCCCC